CCCAUGCUAGGCCCCGCCCCCUCAUUGAAAUAGGCCGAGUGUUCCAGCCGCUGGCAGAGGUGGUUAAGGUGGAGCUGGUAACAGGAAGUGUCUGCCUUCACCAUGGGCUCCAGGUCUUCUACAUUACUGAGGGACGAGGAGAUCGAUGAAAUCAAGAAGGAGACCGGCUUUUCACAUAGCCAGAUAACACGUCUAUAUAGUCGUUUCACCAGUCUUGAUAAAGGAGAAAAUGGAACAUUAAGUCGAGAAGACUUCCAGCGGAUACCAGAGCUGGCAAUCAAUCCUCUGGGUGAUCGAAUUAUCAAUGCAUUUUUUAUUGAAGGAGAGGACCAGGUAAAUUUCCGUGGGUUUAUGAGAACGCUGGCUCAUUUCCGGCCAAUAGAAGAUAAUGAAAAGUCCAAAGAUGUGAGCAGUCCAGAACCUCUGAACAGUCGAAACAACAAACUGCUGUUUGCUUUUCGACUAUAUGACCUAGACAAAGAUGACAGGAUCUCCAGAGAUGAGCUUUUGCAGGUCCUGCGCAUGAUGGUGGGAGUAAAUAUAUCGGAUGAUCAGUUAGGAAGCAUUGCUGAUCGUACUAUUCAGGAAGCCGAUCAAGAUGGAGAUGCCGCUAUUUCAUUUUCAGAAUUUGUCAAGGUUUUGGAGAAAGUUGACGUCGAGCAGAAAAUGAGCAUUCGAUUCUUACACUAAUCUCGAAGACUGGACAUCACGCUGUAAAAACAGCUUUUUCUCAAACUUUGCACAGUCCAAUCCUAUAAUGUUUUGUGACAUUACUUACGGAAAACUCUAGUUCAUUAGACAGUACGAAAAUCACGUAAUUUGACAAAGAAAGACGUGCUGCUUAUUUAAUCAUUAAAAAAAAAAAAGUAUAGGGUCUCACUCUAAUUAUUAUACUUUGCUAACUUGUUGUUUUUAUCCUAAGAUACCCAAUUUGAAAAUUUCUCUGUGAUUAUACCAUGCUGGUAAGUGGCAGAAAAUCAUAGGGGUCACUUUCCAGAAAGUUGAGAAUCAAGAGUCAUACCUGUUUGUUUGAUGGUGAGCAGGGAGGGGGGGUAGUAUUUUAUAAUGUGUGUUCUGUUCUAAAAGGUUGUGCAAAAAUGUUAGGCAAUAGGAGUCACCAAAGAAAUGUGCCUGUUGCUUCCGCAGGUUUCAUGGUGAUUGCCCUACUUAUCGUAAUUUAGACCAAUUUUUAGAACCAAACACUUUUCUAAAUCUCUGGGGUAGACAUGCUUAAUGAUAUAGCUGGUGGGGUCAAAAUAUCAUCUCUGCUUUCUAUAUCCUUGUAUCGAGACCUCUGUCACCCCGUUUCUGCCACACCAAGACCAGAUGGUAAAUUGUGUAUUAACUAAACCUCUAAGGAGGUACUGAUGUUUUGGACAGAUUAAUAUUUUAAUGUAAUGUAACUAUAAAAUAAUGUAAGAUAUUGCUAAAAUAAAGAUGUAUGCAUCCUA